AUGGACUAUUACAAGAUCCUAGGUAUCUCCCAAGAUGCUUCAAUGGAAGAUAUUAAAAGAGCUUACCGAAAAAUGGCACUUAGAUACCAUCCAGAUAAAAAUAAAUCAUCGGAUGCAGAGGAAAGGUUUAAAGCCAUCUCGCAAGCUUAUGAAAUAUUGAGCGAUGUGAAAAAGCGGGAGUGUUACGAUCAACAUGUGAAAGGUAAAAUGAAGGAUGAGGAGGUACCUAAGGAGGGUAAUAAUAAAACUCGCUUCACAUAUACCUCUACCCAUACUAGCGAUCCCAAAACUCGCUUUACAUAUACCUCUACUAGCAAUCCCAAAACUCGCUUUACAUAUACCUCUACUACUAGCGAUCCCAAAACUCGCUUUACAUAUACAACUACCACUACUACUAAUAGCGGUCCAAUGGACGACAUUUUCCAUCAGUUCUUCGGCACCCACGGUAAUUUUAAUCACUUCUUUAAUAACUCUGACGACGACGACGAUGAUGAUGAUGAUGAUGAUGAUAUUCAUAUGAUGUGGAGAGGCAUCAGUAGAGGUACUAGGCAUCGAAUGGGAGGUUUCAACUGUAAUCACAAACACUAUCACAGGGGGGGAAGGCAUCAUCACCAUCAUCAUCAUCAGGAUCCUCCAAUCUACCGGGACCUGUACGUGACUCUCGAAGAAAUAGCUCAAGGAGUAAUCAAAAAGAUGAAAAUCACGCGGAGUGUGUUUAGCGAUGAUGGAAAAUAUACCACCAGGAGAGAAGAGAAAUAUGAGCAUUACAUUAUGCCCGGUACAAAGGAUGGUUUUGAGAUCAAAUUCGAAAGAAUGGGAGACGAGUCGCCUGGCAAGGUCCCGGCUGAUAUCAUUUUCGUUAUUAGGGAAAAGCCUCACCCGGCAUUUAAGAGAGACGAUACUAAUUUGAUCUAUUCGGUCAAAAUCCCCAUCAGAGACGCCUGGUGUGGUACCAGCGUGUCUGUCCCUACUCUGGAAGGCCAAAUGGUCACACUCGAUGUCAAAAAUAUAAUUAUCACACCUCAGACGAAGAAGAUACUCUCAGGAUAUGGUCUACCUUUUCUUAACAACCCUUCCAGAAAGGGUAAUAUCAUUGUUCAUUUUGACAUCCAAAUUCCAGAUUUAUUGAUAGAAAACGUCAGAAAUAAUCUUUUCAAAUUAUUGCCGAUAGUCUUGGUCUUUGAUUUAUAA